AUGGCAGCAGUAGGCAUGGCCUUGUUGUGCCUCGUUCCUCCCACUGCUCCCGGGGCGGCUCGGCGUCUGCUGGGCCAAAAGGCCGGCUGCCAAACCCUCAGCCCACCCUUGGCCUUGGGAGCCCGAGGAGAAGGGGGAGGAGCCGCCGCCAGUGGAGGCGGAGGAGCAGAGGAGGCGGAGACGGCGGAGACGGCGGAGAAGGCGGAGAGGAAGGUGGAGGCGGAGGCGAAGGUGGAGGGGAAGGUGGAGGCGGCGGGGAAGGUGGAGGCGGCGGGGAAGGUGGACGCCACCGGGAAGGUGGAGACGGCAGGGAAGGUGGACGCUGCCGGGAAGGUGGAGACGGCGGAGGGUCCGGGCCGCCGGGUAGAGCUCAAGCUGGAGCCCGAACCCGAACCCGAUCCGGCACGGGAGGCGGAGCAGGGGCCGAAGGGGGAGCCGAAGCAGGAGCCCGAGGAUGAGAACCCGGCGCGGAGCGGCGGUGGCGGCGGCAGCGACGAGGUUCCUCUCCCCACCCUUCCCUCCGACCCCUCGCGGCCCCCCGAUCCCUCCCCGCGGCGCAGCCGUGCCCCCCGCCGCCGACCCCGGCCGCGGCCGCAGACCCGGCUCCGUACCCCGCCGCAGCCUAGGCCACGGCCCCCGCCCCGGCCCCGGCCCCGGCGCGGCCCUGGGGGCGGAUGCCUGGAUGUGGAUUUCGCUGUGGGUCCACCAGGCUGUUCCCACGUGAACAGCUUUAAGGUGGGAGAGAACUGGAGGCAGGAACUGCGGGUGAUCUACCAGUGCUUCGUGUGGUGUGGAACCCCAGAGACCAGGAAAAGCAAGGCAAAGUCGUGCAUCUGCCAUGUGUGCGGCACCCAUUUGAACAGACUCCACUCUUGCCUUUCCUGUGUCUUCUUUGGCUGUUUCACAGAGAAACACAUUCAUGAGCACGCCGAGACAAAACAACACAACUUAGCUGUAGACCUUUAUUACGGAGGUAUAUACUGCUUUAUGUGUAAGGAUUAUGUAUAUGACAAAGACAUUGAGCAAAUUGCCAAAGAAGAGCAAGGGGAAGCUUUGAAAUUACAAGCUUCCACCUCAACCGAGGUUUCUCACCAGCAGUGUUCCAUGCCAGGCCUCAGUGAGAAAUAUCCAACCUGGGAGACAACCAAACCCGAGUUAGAACUGCUGGGCCACAACCCAAGGAGAAGAAGAAUUACCUCCAGCUUUACCAUCGGUUUAAGAGGACUAAUCAAUCUUGGCAACACGUGCUUUAUGAACUGCAUCGUCCAGGCCCUUACCCACACUCCGAUCCUGAGAGAUUUCUUCCUCUCCGACAGGCACAGAUGUGAAAUGCCAAGUCCCGAGUUGUGUCUGGUCUGUGAGAUGUCUUCGCUUUUUCGGGAGUUGUAUUCUGGAAAUCCAUCUCCUCACGUUCCCUAUAAAUUACUGCACCUGGUGUGGAUACACGCACGGCAUUUAGCAGGGUACAGGCAACAGGAUGCCCAUGAGUUCCUCAUCGCAGCGUUAGAUGUCCUGCACAGGCACUGCAAAGGUGAUGAUGCCGGGAAGGCAGCCAACAAUCCCAACCACUGUAACUGCAUCAUUGACCAAAUCUUCACAGGUGGCCUGCAAUCUGAUGUUACCUGUCAAGCCUGCCAUGGUGUCUCCACCACGAUAGACCCAUGCUGGGACAUCAGUUUGGACUUGCCUGGCUCUUGCACCUCCUUCUGGCCUAUGAGCCCAGGGAGGGAGAGCAGUGUGAAUGGGGAAAGCCACAUACCAGGAAUCACCACCCUCACGGACUGCCUGCGAAGGUUUACGAGGCCAGAGCACUUAGGAAGCAGUGCCAAAAUCAAGUGCGGUAGUUGCCAAAGCUACCAGGAAUCUACCAAACAGCUCACAAUGAAUAAAUUACCUGUCGUUGCCUGUUUUCAUUUCAAACGGUUUGAACACUCAGCCAAACAGAGGCGCAAGAUCACUACAUACAUAUCCUUUCCGCUGGAGCUGGAUAUGACACCGUUCAUGGCCUCGAGUAAAGAGAGCAGGAUGAAUGGACAGUUGCAGCUGCCAACCAAUAGUGGAAACGACGAGAAUAAGUAUUCCUUGUUUGCUGUGGUUAAUCACCAAGGAACCUUGGAGAGUGGCCACUACACCAGCUUCAUCCGGCACCACAAGGACCAGUGGUUCAAGUGUGAUGACGCCGUCAUCACCAAGGCCAGUAUUAAGGACGUUCUGGACAGUGAAGGGUAUUUACUGUUCUAUCACAAACAGGUCCUGGAACAUGAGUCAGAAAAAGUGAAAGAAGUGAAUACACAAGCCUACUGAAGUGACACACAGACCUACCUACCUGUAAUGGAAGAUGACAGCACCCGUACUACAACUGGCAUUGAGAUUUAAAGGACCUACUUGCAUGGCCCACGGGCCUGACAGAGCUGGGGGAGAGCAAGAGGUAAGCGG